UAGCUCUUCCUAUAUAGGCAAUCAUACUACAUGAUUUUUCUUGCUAUUCACCAACUCUUAGCCUCUUCCUCUUCUUCCUCCUCCUAUUUGAUCAAAAUGCUUCAAAAUCCAUCUCUUAGACUACUUCUGGUACUCUCAUUGGUUUUCUCGUAUGAUCUAUCUUCAUCUGCAGUUCCUGCAACCAGGAGCCUCAGGUCAGAGGAGAAAGACUUGUCGGUCCAAGAAUCUCUGGGUCUAGUGGAUGUGGGGAGAGGAGACGAGGUGUUUGAUGCGGGCGAGGGAGAGAGUUUUAUUGAAGGAAGGAUGGCUAUAGAAAGUGAAGACUAUCCAGGAACAGGAGCAAACAACCAUCAUGACCCAAGAACCCCUGGAAAAGCUUAAAGAUCCUGUUCCCUCUCAAGCUUUAGUUUUAGUAUGUUUUACAUAUGUGUGUGUAAACUUUACAGUACGAUCCAUCUAGAUUCUGGACGAACUUUUAUUUGUGUUUUUGUCAAACAUUCGUAUGAAAGUGGAUGGAACUUUAGAUGUAUUAAACUUUUUUAUCUUAUUAAAUGGCAUGGGAAAUUCGAACUUGAGACA